AUGACUGAUGACGAGCUGAGAACCGCAUUGCAGCAGCGUAUCGACGAAUACAAGGAAUCUUCAGCGAUGGAGAAACAAGUCAGAGCGAAAAGAGAGAAGCUGUUGAAGAAGAGGGAUGGCUUAGGUCACGAUAAGCUGAAGAGGAGGGAGCAAAGACAAGCGCUAGGCCGAAAGUGCAUUGACCUACUUGCUGAACAAAAGCGCCUGCUUGACCUGUUGAAGGGUUGA